AUGACAAGCCAUCCCGUCAAGCGCGUAGCCGUCAUCGGCGCCGGCCCCGCAGGCGCCAUCACCGUCGAUGCUCUCGCACAGGAGAAGGCCUUUGACGUUAUCCGAGUGUUUGAGCGCCGCGAGGGCCCAGGUGGAUGUUGGAUUGGUGACACGACCGCUCCCCCGGCCUUGUCUGGGUUUGACGCACUCGCAAAGCGCACCGCCGACCCUCCCGUCCCCAUCCCCGCGACGCUCCCAGCACAGAGGCCCAAGUCGCUCGCGUCCCGCUACACAGAGUCGAGCGUGUACCCGUACCUCGAGACCAACGUCCAGGCGCUCGCCAUGGAGUUUAGCCAGGAGCCGUUCCCGACCGAGAAGAGCGCCCGCUCAAUCGAGGCUCACGGCUCCGACACGCCGUUCCGCCACUGGACACACGUCCGCAAGUACAUUGCCGAUCUGCUGGAGCGCAACGGAUACACCGACCUCGUCGAAUACAACACAACCGUUGAAAACGUCGAGAAGGUCGGCGCCGAGUGGAAGGUGACCCUCCGCCGCGAGGGCGCUCACAGCGACUACUGGUGGGUGGAGUGGUUCGACGCUGUCGUCGUUGCAUCGGGACACUACUGGGUGCCGUACAUUCCCGCCAUCGAGGGCCUGGAGGAGUUUGAGAAGGGGCGCCCAGGCAGCAUCAUCCACACCAAGCACUUCCGCGGCCGUGACCUUUACAAGGGCAAGCGAGUCGUAGUCGUUGGGGCAUCCGUGUCUGCGGCAGACAUUGCCGUCGACCUCAUCGACGUGGCCGAGAACCCCGUCCAUGCCAUUACCGUCGGGCACAACUUCAACGGCUACUUUGGUGGUGGCGCGUUCGACCACCCGCGCAUCCUGAACCACCCCACCAUCACCAAAAUUGACAACGUCGACCACCUCAUCUUUGGGACAGGCUACUCGUGGACACUCCCGUUCCUCCCGCAGGUACCUGUGCGCAACAACCGCGUGCCAGACCUGUACCAGCACGUCGUGUGGCAGCACGACCCGUCGGUGCUGUUCAUCGGCGCUGUCGCAGCGGGCCUGACGUUCAAGGUGUUCGAGUGGCAGGCCGUCCUCGCCGCCCGUCUGCUGGCGGGGCGUGCGACCCUGCCGUCGCUGGAAGAGCAGCGCAAAUGGGAGGCAGACCGCAUCGCGGCGCGUGGCGACGGGGCAAAGUUCUCCCUCAUCUUCCCGGACUUUGAGGACUACUUUGAGGCCCUCCGCGCGAUCGCGGGCGAAGGCGCUCCGGGCCUCGGGCGAAAGCUGCCGCCGUUCCGCCGAGAGUGGUUCCGCAGCUUCCUGGAGGGGCACGAGAAGAGGAAGGAGAUGUGGAGAAGGUCUAAUGCCAAGGCUACGAGGGAGGGAGCCCGGCUGUGA